AUGGCCACUCCCUCCGCGCCACGUCUCCACUCCCCCAUGCCUAUCCUCUUCCUCGCCGCCGGUCCGCUCGCCGCCGUCCACUUCUCUGCCCGCUGCCGCCUCCGCCUCCGCCUCCGUAUCCCCCACGUCGCCACCGCCGCCGGCGCUGCCACCACUCCGGGAAACAGCUUCGCCGUCGAGGACUACCUCGUCGCCAACUGCCACCUCACCCAGCCGCAGGCCGUCAAGGCCUCCAAGAACCUCGCCCACCUCAAGUCCGCCUCCAACCCCGACGCCGUCCUCGCAUUCCUCGACGGCCUCGGCUUCUCCCCCAAGGAGGUCGCCGCCGCCGUCGCCUCCAACCCGCGCAUCCUCUGCGCCCGCAUCGAGCGCUCCCUCGCGCCCAUCUCCGCGGAGCUCCGCGCCCUCGGCCUCUCCACCUCCCAGGUCGCCCGCCUCGCCAAGAUCGCCGGCCGCUACUUCCUCUGCCGCAGCUUCGUGUCCAAGGUGCAGUUCUGGCUCCCCCUGUUCGGCUCCCCGGAGAGGCUGCUACAGGCCAGCGACUGGAACUACUGGCUCCUCACCUCCGACCUCGAGAAGGUGGUCGAGCCCAACGUCUCCUUCCUCAGGCAAUGCGGGCUAAGUGCUUGUGAUAUUUCCAAGCUGCUCGUGGCCGCGCCGCGUCUGGUCACCAUGCACCCCGAGUACGUCCAGGACUCCGUCAGGCGGGCCAUUGAGCUCGGCGUGCCACCGGGCUCCCAGAUGUUCCGGCACGCGAUCUCCACCGCCGGCUGCAUCGGCCAGGAGAAGGUGGACGCCAAGAUCGCCGUCCUCAGGGAGACGCUGGGGUGGUCGAAGGAGGAGGUGAGCCUGGCCAUCAGCAAGGCGCCGCGGAUCCUGGUCGCCUCCGAGGAGAGGCUGCGCCGCAACGCCGAGUUCCUGGUCAAGGAGGUCGGGCUGGAGCCGCAGUACAUCGCGCGCCGGUCGGUGCUGCUCAUGUACAGCCUCGAGAGGAGGCUCAUGCCCCGGCAUCUCGUGGUGAAGCUCCUCAAGCAGAGGCGGCUGAUCGAGGAAGACCGGUGCUUCUUCAACGUGGUGGCGCCGACGGAGGAGAAGUUCUUGGAGAAGUUCGUUGUCCCCUUCGAGGAAUGUAUCCCGGGCCUCGGCGAUGCUUACGACGCUGCCUGUGCCGGCAAGGAGCCGGUGAAAGCUGAGUGGGCAGUGAGUGACUAG